AUGUCUAAGAAGGAGAAUAUAAGAAUGCAUGUCCAUAACAGCCAUUUUUGUCUCAGAAAGUUAAUAGAGAUUAAGAUGAAGCAUUUGGUUUUGACAUUGACAUGGAUGUUGUGGCUGAGCCUAUGUGACAGAUGCUUGUCUCAGGUGCAGCCACGGCUUCCUCCGGGGCAACAGGUGCCAUGCUUCUUCAUUUUCGGUGACUCAUUGGUUGACAAUGGAAACAACAAUGGAAUCCUAACUCUUGCCAGGGCCAACUACAGGCCUUAUGGCAUAGACUUCCCAGGGGGUGCCACUGGCCGCUUCACCAAUGGCAGAACUUAUGUUGAUGCCUUAGCUCAGCUUCUGGGCUUCCCAACAUAUAUUCCUCCUUACACAAGAGCAAGAGGUCUGCAACUUUUAAGAGGAGCUAACUAUGCAUCUGGAGCAGCAGGCCUUAGAGAUGAAACAGGCAGUAACCUUGGUGCUCAUACUUCAAUGAAUGACCAAGUGGCUAACUUUGGCAACACAGUGCAGGAGUUGAGAAGGUUCUUCAGAGGAGACAAUGACUCACUUAAUAGCUACCUAAGCAAAUGUCUAUUCUUUUCAGGGAUGGGAAGCAACGAUUACCUGAAUAACUACUUUAUGCCAGAUUUUUAUUCAACUAGCACAGAUUUUACUGUUAAAGCUUUUGCAUCUGCCCUUCUUCAAGAUUACUCUCGCCAGCUAUCUCAAUUAUAUUCACUAGGAGCACGAAAAGUGAUGGUUACAGCAGUUGGUCAAAUUGGCUGCAUACCAUAUCAACUAGCCCGUUUUCAUGGUAACAACACCAGAUGCAAUGAAAAAAUCAACAAUGCCAUCUUACUAUUUAACUCUGGCCUUAAGAAAAUGGUUCAGAACUUCAAUGGAGGGCAGCUUCCAGGAGCUAAGUUUGUGUUUCUUGAUUUUUAUCAAAGCAGUUCAGAUUUAUCUUCAAAUGGAACAUCAUUUGGAUUUGAUGUGAUAGACAAGGGUUGCUGUGGAGUUGGCAGGAACAAUGGACAAAUUACUUGCCUUCCUCUGCAACAACCAUGUGAAAAUCGUCAGAAGUACUUGUUCUGGGAUGCUUUCCACCCCACUGAGGUGGCCAAUAUUUUACUAGCGAAGGCAUCAUACAGUUCACAAUCAUACACUUAUCCCAUUAAUAUUCAACAAUUGGCAAUGCAGUAA